GCGGCGACCGGCGAGGAGACGCGAACGCAUCCAACGUGGGCACAAGCGCCCCUGUCCAGGCUUUGCAUCUCCCGAUCAUUUCAUGCUCGACGUCUGCCUGCCGCGACACUCGCGAGGAGAAGCAAUGUCCCGCCGCCCCCACCUAGCUGCAGCGGCAGCACUCAGCUCACAUGCCUCGCACCCCCUUGCCAUUGCCCGCGCGUCGCCGGCCGUCAGAUCUCCGAGUUUACACGCUACAGUGAGGUCCAACAACAGCGCCGCGUGUUCCUUCCCGCAGCCUGGUGUGGGGAAAGAGGGCCGCGAACAUCCCCCCGUGCUAUCUAGACGCGAGCGCAGCGGCAGUGGCGGAAGCUCCUCAGUGCGAGCCUGCGAGGAGACGAGUGAGGCCGCUUCCGAGUCACAACAAGCGAAACAAAAGAGCACGAAGUGCUCCACCAGUACCCCAUCGUCACUUUCACCGGGGAUCACGCCCACACAGAGCUUUGCUCUCCUUCAACUUCAACAAGAAGGGACUUUCACUCCUUGAUCCAGUUCCGGUGGGUAGCAUGGAUAAAAAAGGAGGCUUGGCUCACCAUAGCAAGCCUUUUUUUUUUGCGAGCCAUGAUAUAUUUUACAUAAUCGGGGCACUAGGUUCUUGAUGUCUAAGGAGAUUGCAAGCCAUGCUUCUUAAUUUCGUGAUACUUAGCUUUAUUUUCUAACUUCAUUAUAUCUAUUCUAAACUUCUUCCUAGUGGCGGGCGCAGGAUUUGAAGGCUGGGUAUUCAAAAAAAAGCUAGACAGCUAGUAAAUGGCUUCAAAUUUUUUUGACAACCAAAUGGCUCAUAUUUGACAUGUAUAAUGCCAUAUAUGAUAUAUACUAUAUAUAGUUCAUGCUACCGAUGGAGUUUGAGAAUAUUUUUACGUAAUUCACCUUUGCACGAGUGUGACA